AUGCCGGCAUCGCUGAGGACACAGACAAGCACCCCCCCUUCCUCCCCUGCCCCAUUGCCCUUCGAACGCCACAGCAGCGCCAUAGCGCCCUCAAACCAAGCCCCUCGCUCUGGCACUGUCAUCCCCAACCGAAUAUUCGUUGGAGGAAUUGACUCCAAGACCAGUGAGCGUGACCUCGCGCAAUUGUUCUCCCAGCAUGGUGCGGUCACAGAGGUGAAGAUAAUAUUGACUCGCACAGGAAUGUCAAAGGGGUAUGGGUUUGUGACUUUUGAGACCGAAGAGGAUGCCAAUAAAAUGCUUGAUGAUCCCAAUAGGUUUUAUAUCAAUGACAAGAAGCUCAACAUUAGCCAGGCAGUGCUAAAGCACCGGGUGCCAGUACGUGUCUCAAGAAAUGUCCAGGAGCCGAGCCAUGUCAUGCCAGCGCCUUCUGCUUCCUCGUACCAUAUCACCCCCAGUGGCCACCCCUAUACCUACCAUAACGGGACGGCCUAUUUCCCUAGCUCAAACGUGAACCCUACCACCCACUACUGGCCUUCAGCGUCUGGAACUGCUAUGAUGCCCCCCCCCCAGCCUCAGCCCAUCUGGCAUCAACAGACUUACCACCAAUAUCAGACUCCAGUGCCCCCCGGUCCAGAGGGCAUGGACCAGGCCACCAAUGGGGGCAUUAUCCAGCCACUUAUGCCUUUCGCAGGGGCCAGCAUACCAGAGAUCGUCUUUGCAAAGGUCACAGUUGACAUUGAAAUGCCACAACGCUCAAGGGGUCAACGGUGUUUUUGA